AGGAGACGAAUCAAAGGGGAAGGAUAAUCUAUAAAUAUUGGUCGGAAUCCAUUGCAAUCAUUUCGUUUGCGCGUGCGAGGGGUCUAUCGAAAUCUCUCUCAAGGCUCUGUGUUUGGUAAGAAUCUCGAAGAAAAGGUAGGGUUAAGGGUUUGUUCGGCGAGUAAAAGAAGAUGCAGCAGUCACCGCAAAUGUUUCCGACGAUGGUUCCUUCGAUUGCGUCAGCUAACAUCACCACAGAGCAGAUCCAAAACUACCUUGAUGAGAACAAAAAGCUGAUAAUGGCAAUCAUGGAGAACCAGAAUCUGGGGAAACUUGCAGAAUGUGCACAGUACCAAGCUCUUCUCCAGAAGAACUUAAUGUACCUCGCUGCUAUUGCUGAUGCUCAGCCUCCUCCACCUACAACAGGACCUGCACCAGCACCAGCUAUGGCUUCUCAGAUGACGGCAGCACCACAUCCUUCGAUGCAACCGCCGAGCUACUUUAUGCAACAACACCCACAAGCUUCAGGGAUGGUGGCUCAACAACAAGCAUCUCCCGCCGGCGGUAUUUUCCCUCCAAGAGGUCCUUUGCAGUUUGGUAGCCCUCACCAGCUUCAUGAUCCGCAACAACAACAGCAGCUUCAGCUACAUCAACAAGCUAUGCAAGGACACAUGGGUGGGAUUAGACCCAUUCCAAUGGGUAUCAACAACAACAUUGGGAUGCAGCAUCAGAUGCAACAACAACUGCCAGAAACCUCUCUCGGAGGAAGUGCUGCAAACGUGGGGCUUAGAGGUGGCAAGCAAGAUGGAGGAGAUGGACAAGGGAAAGAUGAUGGCAAAUGAAAGGAGGAUCCAAAGAAGCUUUGUUUCGUUUAUAUAUAUUUUAGGACUUGUGCUUUCGGCUUUUGCAUCUAUUUUCUAUAGCAGAAGAUGAUAUAGACAGUGGAGUUUGGUUCCACAAACGGUGUUGUGACAUUAUUUAGUACAAGUUCGGUUUGGUUUAGAAACAUCAUAUCAUUA